AAACUCACAUUUCCGAGCCUUAAACUCGGUCCGUGAAGUAACUGAAAACUUGGUCAACAAGCGGCCGGUCCUGAGCUCCAGCCGCAGCCCGCUCACUUCUCCGGCUUCUACUUUGAACCGGGUUUUGUGGCUCCGUGGUCGGCAGCUCGGUGCGGACGGUGUUUCGGAGAGAAGAUGCCGCUGCUCCACAGAAAAGCCUUCGUGCGGCAGAAACCUCCGGCGGAUCUGCGUCCGGACGAAGAGGUUUUUCUCUGUAAAAUCACCCACGAGAUCUUCAGGAGCUACGAUGACUUCUUUGAGAGGACCAUCCUGUGCAACAGUCUGGUGUGGAGCUGUGCUCUGACGGGCCGAGCAGGCCUGACGUACCUGGAGGCGGUGGAGAGCGAGCGGCGGGCCAAGCAGAACCUGCAGAACUUCCCUCAGGCAUUGGUGGUUCCACUGCUCCACCUGGUGGCUGUGAGUGGUCACUGCAGGCUGACGGAACUGUGCGAGGACGUGUACGCGUUUGUCAAAGAGCGAUUCUUCCCUGGAGAGACUGUGGAUGUGACUGGACGCAGACAUGUGUGUGAGAUUCUUCAGGUUCACUCUCCUCACUCCAGCGCUAACGGUCGUGCUAAGCUAUCAGCUGACAGUGACACCAUCGUCAUCAGUGACAGUGAUGAAGACGCCUCUGUCCUCCAGAGUCCAACAGCUCAGGUCAACGGGAAGAAGACAAAGAAGCCCCUGAGUCCGUCUGUCUUUAAAUACACCGUGAGGACGAUGAAGGACGAACAAAGUGAGACGUUCACUGUCAGAGCCAAUCAGAUCAGUCGCAGGAAGUCGUCUCUGUCCAGAGAGAGACUGAAGCUGCUGCUCAAACAACACUGUGAACCUCACAACGGAACCAUCACACUCAAGUCGUCCACAGUGCUGAAGUACCGUCUCUCUGAAAACGUCUUCUCUCAGUUCUUCCCUGAUGAGCCCCCCCUCCUCCCCUUCAGCCCUGGCUCUAAAGGUGGGGGGCGUGGCUUGUGUGGUCAGGCGGAGGAGAAGCUGAAGCUGCUGCAGCACAGGGAGGAGAUGGAGCGAGCGCGUCUGAAGAAGGAGAAGGAGGAGGUGCAGGAGACCAAGAGGAGGGAGAGGGAGGACAAGGAGAAGAUGAAGGAGGAGCAGAGGAGGAGGUUUGAGGAGGAGAAGCAGAGGAGAAGAGAGGAGAAGGAGCUGAGGAAGCUGGAGAAGGAGAGGGAGAGAGAGAAGUUAAAGGAGGAGAAGAAGAAAUAUGCAGAGCGUCUGAAGCUGUGGAACAAACCCAGAGAAGACAUGGAGUGUGAAGAUCUGAAGGAGCUUCCCAGUCCAGUUCCUGUGAGAACCCGUCUUCCAGCAGAACUGUUUGGAGAAGCUCUGAUGGUUCUAGAGUUCCUGCGAGCGUUUGGAGAAGCAUUUGAUCUGAAGGACGAGUUCCCUGACGGAGUCACUCUGGAGGUUCUGGAGGAGGCUCUGGUGGGUUCUGAUCCUGAAGGUCCUCUGUGUGAGCUGCUCUUCUUCUUCCUCACGGCCAUUUUUCAGGCUCUGGACGAGGAGCAGGAGGCGGUGACCAAGGACCAGGCCGAAGACCUGUCUGAGCCUCUAGAGGACGACUCUGACCCGACUCGCUCGGCGCUGAGUGCCGUGGCGUCAUUGGCGGGGGCGUGGCCUCAGCUGCAUCAGGGCCGCAGUCUGAAGGACCUGGACCUGGACAGCUGCACGCUCUCAGAGAUCCUGCGCCUGCACAUCCUGGCGUCCGGCGCCGACUGUAACCACGGCAACGCCAAGCUGCGCUACCAGAAGCAGGGCGGGUUCACGCUGAUGGACGACCCGUGUGUGGAGCUGCGAUUGGCCGAGCCGGCGCUGGUGAAGAGGCUGUCGAACACGGCGGUUUAUGACCUGACACCAGGAGAGAAGCUGAAGAUCCUCCAGGCUCUGGUGGGGAAGCUGCUCACACUGGACUCCAGCAGAGACCUCAUCGAGGACAGUGUGGACGAGCAGAAGCUGGCCAGACAGGAACUGAGAGAGAUCAGAGCUGAGCAACACCGACGGGAGAGAGAGGAGGCCGCACACAGGGUGCGUCUCCGUAAAGAGGAGCGUCUGAAGGAGCAUGAGAUGAGGAUGAAGGAGAAGGAGGAGAAGCUGAAGGUGCAGACACACAGUGACACUGCUACACAACAACAACACACUGAGGAUGAUGAGGAUCAAAUCUCUUCAUCGUCCAACAACAUGAUGACGACUAAAGGUAAACACACGACUCAUGUUUGCUUGUCUUCUUUCUGUCCCACCCCACCUCUGACCUCCAGACCUCUAAUCUGCAGCAGCCUGACAGCUGAGGAGCAGGAGAUGGAGCAGGAGAAGGUGCGAGAGCUGCAGGGGCGGAUCCAGAAGGCGGCGGCCUGCACCUGCCUGCAGCCUCUGGGCAGAGACCGCCUCUACCGCCGCUACUGGCUCCUCCCCUCCACCCCUGCUCUGUUUGUGGAGGACGACUCAUUCGGCCUAACAGAGGACAUGCUGCGGCCACGCCCACAGCACGCCACAUCCAAGAUGUGCGAUGAGGAGGAUAUCAAGGAGGAGCCAGUCGAGGGAAGCACCGGCUCCAGCCCCGCCCCCCCCUUCACCUGCGGCCCACCAGUGGAUCGUCCAAACCGCUGGUCGUUCUACAGCUCAGUGGACGAGCUGGAGCAGCUGAUGGACGCGCUGAACCCCCGAGGUCACAGAGAGAGCGGCCUGAAGGAGGCGCUGCAGCAGGAGAGAGACAGACUGCUGCUGCUGCUCACACACACACACCACUGCACGCUCACAGACCACCCGGAGUCGUCCAGGUCUGUCCCAGAAUGCAGUGCAGCAGCAGAGACGCUGAUGGAGGUCAGACUGAGAGACCUGCUGCUGGACAUCGAGGACAGAAUCCACCAGGGAACUCUGGGAACUCUGAAGGUGAUGGACAGACACGUGUGGCGCUCGGCGUUGGAGGCGGGAAACUACGAGCUGCUGUGCUGUGACGACGCCGCGGAGGCAGAGUCGAGUCAGCUGAGAGCCAAGGACAGACUCCAGGAGCUCAGGUCUGACGCGGCGAGCGGGACCAGCGGCAGCGGAACCCCUCAGGUGAUCAGCAACUCUGUACGAGUCCUGGCUCUGGCUCUCACUCACAUCGAGCAAGGCAUCGAGAGACGCUUCCUCAAAGCGCCGCUGGGUGAAGAAGACUCAAAGAAAGACCAGAAAUCAAAGAAGAACAAGAAGAAGGACGAUGACGAGGCCAGUGAAGAUGGAAGUGAAAAUGGUCGAGUGACAAAGACGGUGUUGGAGCGAUGGAGGGAGUCUCUGCAGUCCUGCUCCAGUCUGUCCCAGGUGUUUGUCCACCUGUCCUCUCUGGACAGAAGCGUCCUCUGGUCUCGCUCCGUCCUGAACGCUCGCUGUCGUCUGUGCAGACGUAAAGGAGACGCUGACAACAUGCUUCUGUGUGACGGCUGUGACCGUGGACACCACACCCACUGCCUGAGGCCCCGCCUCAAGACGGUUCCAGAAGGAGACUGGUUCUGUCCGGACUGUCGACCCAAACAGAGAUCCAGCAGACUCCCGUCUCGACAACGCUCCUCUGUCGACGAGGACGAGCUGGAGGAGGAGGAGGAGGAGGAGUCUGAUGAGGAGGAGGAUGAAGAGACUGAGGAGUCAGAAGAGGAGGAGUCAGAGGAGGAGGAGUCAGAGGAAGAGGAGGAGGAAGUGUCAGUGAGCACCAAGAAGAGUCAGGCCCCGCCCCCUAAAGGCAAACUUCAACAGGCCACACCCAAAAACAACACUACUCCAGCGGGGAAGAGCUCGUCAGCUUCCAGGUCCUUGGGGAAGAAGGCCACGCCCCCUACAUCCAAGACUGCCGUGACAUCAGCCACCAAAGCUCCGCCCCGCCCAGGGAGCCGGAACAGCGCCCGUCUGAGCCUCGAGACCCCACCUCCCAACGGCAGCACGAGGAUCUCACCUGGUCAGAAGAGGGCGCCGACAGAAAUGGCUCCUCCCUCUAAAUCGUCCAGACUCGUCCUCAGUGCCGUUGCCCCCUCCACUUCCUCCAGACGCUCCUCUGGGCGGAGCCACGGCGUCCACGAGCUGUCGGCCUGUGAACAGCUGACGGUGGAGCUGGUGAGACACGAGGACAGCUGGCCUUUCAUGAAGCUGGUGUCCAGAACACAGGUUCCUGACUACUAUGACAUCAUCAAGAAGCCGAUGGCUCUGAGUGUGAUCAGAGAGCGAGUGAACAGCUGUGAAUAUCAGUCAGCAGGUGACUUCAUCUCAGACGUGGAGCUCAUGUUCUCUAACUGUCUCCACUACAACCCUCGUCACACCAACGAGGCUAAAGCGGGAAACCGUCUGCAGCAGUUCUUCUACGCUGAACUCAGGAGGCUGGGCCUGUCUGAGCUUAGCCCCGCCCCCCCCACCAAACGAUCCCGACACUGACCACGCCUUCCGCCCGCCACCACCUGUCCUUGGUGUCGGAGACACUUGUCCUUUGUCUUUUCUGUUUUCUACAUGGACCAAACCCAUGGUGACGGAGCAGGAAGUGAUGUCAUCACCUUCUUUAUUAUUUCUUGUUGACGUUGACUGAGCUCAUUAAAUGUUCAUGAUUAGAAAGUUGAUUAUUGAUCAGUUUAGACCUUUGACCUUUGCAUUUCUACCUUUUGUGUUCUAACUUUUGGAGUGUGUGUGUGUGUGAGAGGGGCGGGGUCUGGCUGUCAAAACUACACUGGAGCCACUGCAGCAGCGCCCCCUGCCUGUAUUUAUUUAGUUGCAGUUUGUCUUUAUUUAUGACUGAUAGACUCUGAUGUUCAUUAAUGAUGUAAAAAUAAAUGAGGUUUUAUAAAAACA